ACCACCCUGGAAAACAGGUCGGUAGCAGGGCAAUCUGAUAAAACAACGUAAAGGAUAGAUAGUAAAGAAGAAUGCUAAGUUAUUUUCCUAGUGAAACAGUUCUGAAGUAAUUCUCUAUCAGUGACAAAAUUUUUGUUUUUUACCAGCUACGCACCUAUCCAAAUAUCAUCCACCUUGUCCUCAAUUAGCAGUUUCCUCAAUAUUAAAAUUUCCCAGAAUAGUUUUAAUGGUACAACUCAAACCAAAAACACUAACCACGCCCUUUAUACCCUGAGUCAAGCCACCUUUUGCUUUUUAUCCCCCCGCAAACUCCAAAAACGUACAUCUUUCACCUAAAAGGGUUUGCACCAGUUCCCUAACCCGAGUCAGAGACUCUUUUUGGCUGUGCCUUGAUAAAAUUCCUAUUGGAAGACGCUUUCUCCCGGGCAGAGGAGACGCCCAUAGAGGCACCCACGCUUACCUCCCACACACCUGCAGCCCCUGGCGGGAUGCUGGAGCAGAGGUUCCGAGGACUGCGCUCCUCUCCUGUUCCUGCUCUCCUCUCUCCCGGGAAACUACAGUCCAGGCUGCGCCUUCUGCUGCUACAGGGACCUAAGCUCCGCCUCCCCCUCCUCUAGUUGGCGAAUUCGGCAGCUGUUGCUCCUCCCCCUGCUGUUCCGGCUGUUGCCCUGGCUGAAGGCGGCGGGAAUCUGCUUCCUUGGUACCUUCGCGCUCCCCGCACUUCUGCAGCUGCUCUGCCGCUUCCCUUCCCCGGGGACCCCUCUCCCUUCACGCAGUGGCCUGACGCCUACAGCAGCCUCCCGCCCCGUCCGGGCACCUCCGCGAGGAGCCCAGGCUCAACCUAUCCCUGCCUGAGCCGCAGGUCUCGCCGCUCGGUGUGCCUGGUGCUUGGCCGCUUUCGGGGAAACUGCUCCUCCAGCCAGGGUGAAUCCUCACACCGCGCCCUCCCUCCAUCCUGCCUAUUAUUCCCGCGGCUUCCUCUCCGCCCGCGCAGCUCGACCGCCCCACGUUCCCCACUUGGAGUUCUCCCCCCGCCCCGCUUCCUUCCUCGGCUCCGCUAGCCCGCCCCCACAAUGGGUGAGUCGCCUGCCGGGCCGACCCUGCAUCUUGAUUGGCGCAGGUGAGAGCUGACCCCUCCCUUCCUCUUCUUUCCAUGCACCCUCUCUCUUUUUCUCACCUCCUCCCGCACAGACAGGGAACUCUCCUACUAUUGGCUAAAAGUGUCCCCACCCAUCGCCUAAGGCUCCACCGCAUGGCUUGACGGGAAUUGUAGUCUUGCAUGUGCAGGAAUUGCCGACAACACCGGCGAGUGGGACUACGAGUCCCCAUAGGCCCCUGCGCGACUCCGGCAGGGCAGGAUUCCGGACAACGCCUGGUUCCUCUCGGGUCCUUCCGGCGUCGCCGGAGUGAAUUGAUCUGGGAGUUGAAGAGGGCUCCAAAGGUGGCAAGUGAAGUCAUUGCCUCAGUUGCCGAAAUAGGAGAGGGAAGGAGUGGAGGAAGGAAGGGGCGCUUGGAGUCUGCUUUUGAGGUGACUCGGGUUAUGCCCUUUGAGGGAAGAGGAGAACUGUAGAAGAGUCAAAUGUUGACAGAGACCUACGGAUUCAGUACCAGUUUCAUGACGUGGUCCCUCUAAGGAGGUCAGCAUAUGUUUUGUGCCCUGUUCUUUUGUCACAAAAAAGAGAAGAAAGGCUGCAGUGAAUGAAGAUUCCUCUGCAUUUUAGCACUGCUUUUUCUACUGUAGUUGGCUUUUGAAUGAGGAUGACAAUGGAAGAGAUGAAGAAUGAAGCUGAGACCACUUCCAUGGUUUCUAUGCCCCUCUAUGCAGUCAUGUAUCCUGUGUUUAAUGAGCUAGAACGAGUAAAUCUGUCUGCAGCUCAGACACUGAGAGCGGCUUUCAUUAAGGCUGAAAAAGAAAAUCCAGGACUCACACAAGACAUCAUUAUGAAAAUUUUAGAGAAAAAAAGUGUAGAAGUCAACUUCACAGAGUCUCUUCUUCGAAUGGCAGCUGAUGAUGUAGAAGAGUAUAUGAUUGAACGACCGGAGCCAGAAUUCCAGGACCUAAACGAAAAGGCACGAGCACUUAAACAAAUUCUCAGUAAGAUCCCAGAUGAGAUCAAUGACAGAGUGAGGUUUCUGCAGACAAUCAAGGAUAUAGCUAGCGCAAUAAAAGAACUUCUUGAUACAGUGAACAGUGUCUUCAAGAAAUAUCAAUACCAGAACCGCAGGGCACUUGAACACCAAAAGAAAGAAUUUGUAAAGUACUCCAAAAGUUUCAGUGAUACUCUGAAAACCUAUUUUAAAGAUGGCAAGGCAAUAAAUGUGUUCAUAAGUGCCAACCGACUAAUUCAUCAAACCAACUUGAUACUUCAGACCUUCAAAACUGUGGCCUGAAAGUUGUAUAUGUUAAGAGAUGUACUUCUCAGUGGCAGUAUUGGACUGCCUUUAUCUGUAAAUUUAAAAGUUUGACUGUAUAAAUUAUCAGUCCCUCCUGAAGGGAUCUAAUAAUCCAGGAUGUUGAAUGGGAUUAUUGCCAUCUUACACCAUAUUUUUGUAAAAUGUAGCUUAAUCAUAAUCUCACACUGAAGAUUUUGCAUCACUUUUGCUAUUAUCAUUCUUUUAAGAAUUAUAAGCCAAAAGAAUUUACGCCUUAAUGUGUCAUUAUAUAACAUUCCUUAAAAGAAUUGUAAAUAUUGGUGUUUGUUUCUGACAUUUUAACUUGAAAGCGAUAUGCUGCAAGAUAAUGUAUUUAACAAUAUUUGGUGGCAAAUAUUCAAUAAAUAGUUUACAUCUGUUAAA